CCCCAACAAAAUCUUAUGUUUGAUGCAGAACAGGAUGACCAGCCCCAAGAUGACCAGCCCCAGCAGGAUCAUGUGUUUGAUGAUGAACAUGAUCAACAGCAGCAACAGUUUGAUGAUGAACAUGGUCAGCAGCACCAGCCUGAAGAACCCAUGUUUCCUGGAGGUCCUUAUGAUCUUUCUGUCCUUAAAGAUUAUGAGCAUCAUAUUGCAAUUAAUGUGUGGAAUGGACAGGAAAGACGUGCCUUGAAAGUUGUUUCCAAUGGCAAAAAGCAAGACAAAUUUAUUGAUAUUAGAUAUCAUUUACCUGCUCAAAUAGAUCAUUGGAUUAAUAUAUCUGGAUUACGUCCUCUGAGAAGAUGUAGUUUGCAUAUGAUUGAUGGUAACAUGAUAUCUGCUUUUGCUGAGAGAUGGCACGCAGAGACUAGUUCAUUUCAUCUGCCAUUCGGUGAAAUGACUAUUACUCUUGACGACGUCAGGGGUCUUUUGAGCAUCCCAUGUACUGGAGAAUUUUUCACACCUCCCGCAAAUGUCAAUGAAGAUUUGGCAAUUGUUGCUGCUGUUGAGUUGUUGGGAGUUGCAUAUGAUGAAGCUGUCACUGAGACUAGGACCAAUAGAGGGGCCUCAUAUUAUAUUUAUCUUGAUAGUUGUGGGAAAUGGGCAUGGGGACCGUCUGCACUUGUUGUGUUAUAUGACUAUCUUAGAGAUAGUACAUUGCCUGCAACCAAACAGAUUGGAGGAUAUUUAUCUUUAUUUCAAACUUGGAUUUAUGAACAUUUUCCUGAUAUUUGUAAACGGGAUAUGGAUGAACAUAUUUCCUCGAUGCCACAGAUGUUUCAUUGGACUGCAAAACAAACACCUGGGAAUGUUGCAUAUUACAGGGCAAAGUUGGAUGCUUUGAGGGAUACUGAUAUUAUCUGGGCACCAAAUUACGAUGAGAACGCUGUGACACGAUUUCAGGCAAAGUUGGAUGCUUUGAGGGAUACUGAUAUUAUCUGGGCACCAAAUUACGAUGAGAACGCUGUGACACGAUUUCAGUCUGUGUCAUUAUUUACAAGAUACAUUUGUUGGUGUUUCACGAUGGUUCCGUAUUUACCCGAGAGGUGCAUACGACAGUUUGGGUAUACUCAACACAUUCCUCCUACACCACCGAUGCUUGUUGCACGUGAUGUCGACGUUGAAUGGAGUAUGUACCGGAAUUCUGUACGAUCACUUCGAGCUAGAUUGCAUCCAGCUGCAUAUCCACAUGAGUGUGUUGAGGGAUACAUCCAGUGA